GCUCAGCAAUUAUUCCAGAGAGAUGCACAAACAAUCACACCUGAAGCACUUGAAAAUGUGAAAGCUGCACUUGCGAACAGCGAAAUUGAGCACAAGGCUGAGGCCAAAAAGAAGGCUAUACCUCGUAAGGCAGCAGGACAGAGUUGGGAGGAUCCUACUUUGGCAGAGUGGCCCGAAAAUGAUUAUCGUCUAUUUUGCGGUGAUCUUGGGAAUGAGGUGAAUGAUGACGUCCUAACAAAAGCCUUUUCAAGGUUUCCAACUUUUAAUAUGGCUAGGGUCGUGAGAGACAAGCGGACUGGUAAGACCAGGGGAUAUGGAUUUGUGAGUUUUUCCAACCCGUUAGACCUUGCUGCGGCAGUUAAAGAAAUGAAUGGAAAGUAUGUUGGAAACCGGCCUAUUAAACUUCGCAAGAGUAACUGGCAAGAGAGGACCGACCACGAGGCUCUGGCAAGUAACAAGAACCGAUCACAUAAGAAACCGAAGCAAGCAAAGAAUGGUCUGUUUCACAAGUGAGCGCACGCCUCUACCAUGAUAAUGACUCAAAACGGCAUAAUACUUGAGAUGUAUUUUGAAUGUGUAUUUAUCAAUUCCUUCACCAUUGUCGCGGGGAAAGCAGGGACAAAUGAUAGUGUCCCCGGAUGAUGCAGAGAGAUGGUUUCAGCCUCUGCUGGUUGACGUAUUUCUUCCUCGAGAGCUCUGGAUGAUUCCUUUUAGAAGCCAUAGAUAGGUGAAUGGGGGGGGAUUAGUUGUGGUUUGGAAACUUUGAUUUCACAAUAUUUGCUGUUUCAUACUUGUACCAACAAUGUACUUGGUUAAAUAUUAAACCUAAUGUAGGUUUAUUAAAGAUGAUUAAGUUCUACA